GAGAUAACACUAUGACCAAUUAUUUCCUUCGAUAACAACAACUCAGUACAUCGUGAGGCAUGUCAAAUCAAGGGUGUGCGUAACAACUAAUAUCUAAUUGCGUAGAAAUUAUAAAUUAAAAAUAUUCUGAUUCAAUUGAUUUUUAAUAAGUGAAAAAUUUUGAUAUUUCGACAGUAGUUAGUAGAAGAUUAGUGGUUAAUACAACUUAAUGGGAUAGCACUACCAAAUGCUUUGAACCUGUUAUCGCAAUCAUGGCUGAAUUGCGUAACCGCAGGCGCGCCUCGGGAUCGAACGGAGACAUAAAACAUGAAGAAGAAGAGAAAAAGGGUCGACCAGAAUUCCUUUCCCGGGAAUCCGUGCUGACUGCCUUACUUGAAAACUCGAAACACAUUAGAUCAAUUUACCACAUCUUCGUAGUCAUUCUACUAGUGCUGCUCUGUGACACUGUGAUCUUCGACCUCGUCGAUAGAGGAAAAAUAAACAUCGGUUGGUCUGUUGUGGUAAACGGUUUCGGCGAUGUCAGGAGAGGAGCCAAACUAUGGUUAUAUGAACUAGCUGUUGCUCUGAUGUUUCAUCCCUGCUUGUUACUAUACGGGGCGGGUGUGAAAUUAUCAAAAGGAUAUUCAGCACUGAGCCGAGUAUGGACAAUGCUGGGCGUUUUGGGACUGGUGACACUACAAGUUGCGCUGAUAGCUGUGCCCGUUUGGGAUUUGAGCAGGAAGCAUCUUGCGCUUGCAUCGUCGGUAACCGUCACUUGCGAAAUGUUUCGUUUCACGAUGAAAAUACACGCGGUGGCCGUUGCGAGCGCCCCCAGGUGCUACAGAGAUGAACCUCUGCCUACAUUCAAGCAGUACCUUUACUUCCUGUUCGCGCCCACACUGCUCUACAGGGAUCAAUAUCCAAGGACAAAGAAAAUCCGCUGGGGCUUCGUGUUGUACCAUGUCGCAGAAGUGGCCGCCAUUAUAUUUUACAACAGCUUUUUAUGGGAGCGCUUCAUACUACCAUACUGGUCCGAUUAUGGGAAACAACCGAAGGUAGACGCAGGCUUGGUGGUGCGCGGUAUGUUUGCGUGCGUCCUGCCCGGAGUGAUAUCUUUCCUGUGCGGCUUCUACUGCUUGCUGCAUGCCUGGCUCAACGCCACCGCCGAGAUGCUCACCUUCGGAGACAGGUACUUUUAUGAGGACUGGUGGACGAUGUCCCAGUUCUCCAAGUACUACCGCGCUUGGAACAGAGUGGUAUACUCUUGGCUCCGUGACCACAUCUACAAACCCCUGUCGCUGAGCUGUGGCCGUGUCCUCUCAGUAUUUACCGUAUUUUUGGUAUCAUCGAUAGCACACGAGGUUGUGUUGGCGUUAUCAUUCGGCUUCUUCUACCCCGUGCUGUUAUUGGAGUUUGGCGUGUGCGGCUUACUCAUGGUGCCGCUGACUGCUACAACCGGCCGCCGCUAUCCUAACGUGCUAAACCUGCUGAUGUGGCUCUCCUUCUUUUUUGGCAAUGGUAUUCUCUGGAGCUUGUACCCAAUGGAGUAUUUCGCAAGAAAGAACUGCCCGGCGUCAGAAAAUGACAGUUUCUUCGUACCAAAGUCAUGGUCUUGUCCUGAAAUAGUGUUAAAACCUAACUGGACUUUCCAAAACCCUUUUGACAUAAUUUAUGAAAUAAAAAGGACAAUUUUAUAAAAAAUAACCAAUUCCAAUUGUAGUCAAUACCAAAACAAAAGAUUUAUUUGGCAAUAGUGCAAUUAAAAUCGAAGAGUUUUUACAAUUAGGUGCCAUAAAACAAUUGCUUGUUAGAAAAACUGUUGAAACUGUUAAAAAAUAUCCAAGUUGUGGACACAGCACACAGGUAAUGUGCUAGGAAAUUCUUUCAUGCAAAUAUAAGAAAAUAACAAUUAGGUACCUAACAUAAAGCACGACGUUCCAUAUAGUUAGGUAUUUAUAAGUAAUACAAAUUACUAAAUAAGUAACCUACUGUUUUAUGGAUAUGUAUUUAUGAAUAAUUGUAUAUAUUACGAUAUAAGAAUCUUGGCUGGCCUCAAGUUACCCAUUAGGCUGCUGCGCACCUAAUACCGGGUUCACACCAGGCGAUUUAAAUUUAUCAACUUGUAUCGUUCCAUUGAUUUUCGAUUAAAAGUCUGUUCAAACCGCAUGCAACUUAGCAGUUGAUCAACUAAAAUCGCCUCAUGUGUAUCCGGUUUAAACAAUUUUAUUCCUAAAAAUUCAACGGCGCAUCCUAACGCGAAGUGUCUGUAAGUAUCUAACACUGUACAACCGAGAAAUCUGGCUAGAAAUAA